UCACCCGGAACACUAUUGAUGUGCGACGGGGAGAAGAUGGCGGCGGCCGUGGUGCAAAUGGCCUGUUUGUACCGUGGUAUGUUAGCGGUGAGAGCCGCGGGCAUUAGACCUCUCAUUCCCGGACUUGUGCCCAGUCAGCUCAGAGCUUUUUCUGUGAAAAAGGAACCGGAAUUAGAGGAAAACCCGUAUUAUAGCAAAUAUGAAGAGAAGAUCAGAAAACUGCGAAGCAACAAACCUCAAGAGUACAAAGCCCGGCUCGAGAAGUGCAAUGAGGUUAAAAAAGAGCCUGUGGGCCACUCCAAACAAGCUGACUUCAUUAAACUAAUGGAGCAGACGAAAGAUGAGGGAGGCAAUGCAGGACCUGCGGGUUUUACUAAAAACAAGACCUUAGAUUCAAUCCUUAACCUUGACAUGGUGAAGGACAAGUCUGGUGCUGAAAUUGGAGAGCUUUGGAUGAACUACUUCUCAACAAAAGACACCAUCAGUGCUGUCAUACCAGGCUCGACUUAUGAGAAGAUGAUCAGCCGUGCAAAGCUCUGCCCAAUGUUCCUGUAUCCUCUGCCCCGGGAAGAAGGAUAUGAAUUCUUUCUGGGUCAAUGGACUGCUCAGGAACUACACUUUACCUCCCUCAUCAAUGUUCAGACUUUGGGAGAAAACGCUCCAAGCCAGCUGAUUCUCUACCACUACUCCGACCUGAAGCAGGACAAGGAUGUUGUGCUCAUGACUGCUGAAAGGGAUAACAAGUUUGUUACUGUUCAAGAAGCUCAAUGUUUGGCCAAUCAGGUGCAGUUAUUUUAUGCAGCACAGAGACAUGAGACUUUUCAACUAGUAGAGACUUUCAACCACAAACCAGCAGAGUUCAAACACAUGUCUGUGGUCGCAGAACUUGAGCAGAGCGGGAUAGGACAAGCGGUCACUGCAAAGUAACACCAACACUUGUGGGAGAGAGGCCAGAGAAGCCGUGCAUAAAGGAAAGGACGAAUAGGGCGAGUCCUGGAAUGGAAACUGUCUGGUGUCGAUCCCUGCAUUGUACUGACUGUACUAGUCCUUAGUACUAUCAGCUAUCAAUAUCAUCUCAUUUAUGCAUAGAUAUUUGGUCUCAACAAAUAUCUCAACAUUUGAUGAUCUCAACAGUGAUCUCAAAAAAUGCUUUUUUUACUUCCAUCACAAGCUCUAUUCCUAUUUGCAAAGCCAUUAUUAUAAAAUGUGAACAGUUUUAGUCUGUUAAUGUUCAUGUAACUUACCAAAAGUUCAAGGUUCGAGCCUAUGGUUUAGAUUUUCACCAGUAUUUUUUAUUUUAAAGAAUGAAGAAUUUAAAUUAUAGACCAGUAAAAGCAACAUUUUUCUUAGAAAUGUGUAAGAAAUCUGAAGCUUGGGUAUCCAAAUUAUUAUACACUGAACACAAACUCGGUUAAACAACAUUUAGGUGGGAAACUUGUGUCUACAGUCCAAUAAUAGUGUAAAUGAUAAUUGUAAUAAUGUUGGAUAUAAUGAUUUACCUAGCUGACUCCAGGUCGCCGCGACCCUGUAUACAGGAUAAAGCUGUAUAGAUGAUGAGUUGAUUGAAGGAGUUAAAUCAUGUGGGUUUGUGGAACCUUAUGCUCUGUGGUGGUGAACUUCUGGACUGUGAUCCACACCAUUGCAGUUAUUCUCUCUCCAUCCUAUAUGAAGUCAUUGCUGUUCAGUAAAAAGAGAUGUUUAUGAAUUAA